CAUCUGAUAUAGAUCUUUAUGUUAAAUGUAUGAGCAGAGGAUCGUUAAGAUCUUGUUGUUUUACAAUAUGGAUAUAUUAUGUGCUCUUGAAGUAUAAUUAUAUGACGAUUGAAAAACAUUCUUAAUAGCUAAUCUAUCUAAAAAAAAAAAUAAAAAAAAUAAAAAAAACAGUAAAAUUUCACUGAAUAACGUUAUUUCACACGGAAUUGUACGCAUCUGAACGACAAACAGUGAUUGAAGAGGAAAUUUCUGAUUACAUCAGUGACCAUCUUCACCAAAUAUUUGUCCGUCUUGAGUCUUAUAUAUUUGAAACUGAUUAAGAAUCACACUACCAAGGAAAUGAUGUCUAAUUAUAUCAUCAUAUCGUAUACUUAUUUCUUUAAUUAAGGAGUGUCAAUCAAGACGGAAGGAAUAUAAAAGCACAGAUAUGGGACACGGCGGGCCCAGAAAAAUUCAGAAAUAUAACUUCAAGCUAUUACCGAGGAUGCCAUGGUGCAGUUAUUGUCUUUGAUGUCACCAAUCGCGCAUCUUUCAAACGUGUUGAUAACUGGAUAACAGACUUAGAGCACUAUGGUUCUGAAUCCGUGUCCAAAGUGCUUGUUGGCAAUAAAUGUGACCAGAGUGAACGGAUGUGUGUGACAAACGAAGAGGCAAAGUCGCUUGCUGUUAUAAUUAACAUGAAAUACAUAGAAACCUCUGCCAACACAAACAUCAAUGUAGAAAACGCAUUUGGUAAACUUUAUGCUGAACUAAGCAAGAAAAUGACAAAACAAGCACCGCCAAUGGAAAACGUUGCUAGAAUGGACACAGGAAGUGUAGCUAACGAGACAGAGGGCGUGGCUGUCGAGGCAGAAUCAGAUGCUUCUUAAAAUUCAGAAAAUAUCCCGCCUUGGGCAAACAAAAUUAUGGAAGAGCUACAGAUGUUUAGUACUCGACUCGAAGCAGUAGACAAACUUGAAAAAACUGUUGCAUCAAUCUUGAAACGACUGGAUGAAAUAGAAAUAAAAAUGUCCAGAAUGUCUAAAUUUGACUCUAGAAAAGUAGACUUCAAGUCUGCACAAGCAAAAAGUACCAAACCACGUUAAUGUUGUUAAUUAUUUGUUUGUAUAAAUUAAUCUUGUCGCAAUGUUGGGAUUUAUGUUGCAAAUUGUUCUUAUGAAAUAGUAUUCAAAGGAAAUAGAGGCCGUUCCUUUCCUGUUGCUUCCAGAAUACUCUUUUCAUUGGGCCAUUUCAUUGCACAUUUGCGCCAGACACCGGCUGGGAUUUCGUUUUACUUUCAGAUACUACAGGGUCUGUCCGAUAAAAGGCGGUCUUACGAGAUAAGCGAAGCGUCAGGUAAUAUAUUUUCGCGAUAUGAAUUCUGAUAAACAUUUAGAAAUUUGUAGUUUAUACCUAUACCGGAAAAACAUCACACAAGAACAAUUUCGCUAAGUUACUUGGGACAGGCCACAGUGAAUAAUGUAGCAUAUUAGAUUUUUUUUUACUUGCAGCUCACAAACGUAGUUGGCGUAUGUCGGAGCGCACAUGUAAUUAAAACCUAACGAGAAUAAUUUUCUUGCCGCGCAUGUGAACGGCGAAUCAUGAACUGGGUUUAAGGAAUUCUAAUUCAAACUAAUUCUAGAGUAAAUAACAACUUUUUUCACUGGAUUCGUCCAAGAAUUAAUGGACAUAAACCCGUUCGCCGCUGGGAACCAGCUGCGAUUCUGUUUUGUGUGUAGGCCAAGGCAAAAAUGAAGUUUGGCAAAGGUUGAGCUAUGCCACGAUGAUAUACUAUUAUUCGGGAUACUUUUAAGGUGGAUGUCGGUCCGAGCAACAUGUCAGUAAAAUCUAAUGACGAUUUUAAAAAUGUUGAUGUCUAAUGAAUACAAUUUAGCAUUGGAUAGGGAUAACGCUGAUUUGAUGGUGAAAAAGAAAUUUAUGUGACCAGAUCCAGCAAUAUCAGUCUUUAUUUAAGAUGACAGCUAUUUCAAAUUCAUCUGAAAUUAUUAUACAUAUGAGUUAAUGCCACCAAAGUUUUAAUAUUUUGAUGACUUUAAUUAUCUUCUAUGCUAGCUUUGGCGUAAAAAAAAUGUUUGUUUCCGGUAUCCCGACCUACCCUAAAUUUUUGGCCCGACCCUAAAUGUUUUUAUGGCCUUGGAGAAUAAUGUUUUCAACUUUUUGACAAGAAGUUGUCAAACUGCACUUUUUUAUGCUUUAACUUUUUAUGCUUUAAACAUGGUCAGUGAUGUUACAAAUCAACUUCCUGAUGCUCUAAAGGCAUAACCCCCUUAUUUGUAUUCAUUUUUUGACACAAAAAUAAUUUCUAAAAAGUCUCC